AUGACUGGAUGCCGCGAACUUUCAGAACCUCUGAGGCAGACUCAAACGUCUCUGAGUCCUGUAGCGUGGGAUGAACUGGUUAUGAAUACCAGUUCACUGGUGGUAGCAGGUGCGGAAACAAGCGCAACCACAGUUGCGGCCACUUUAUACCUUCUGCUAGCAAACUCCGAAGUAUAUGAACACCUCCGAACUGAAGUGCGGAGUGUUUUCAAAACCAGUGACGAGAUCACUCUCUCUGCAGUCAACAACCUCGAGUACAGUCUAGCUUGUCUCGAUGAGGCCAUGCGCAUGCUUCCAGCGGUACCUGGUGGACUACCACGAGUUGUGCCCUCCGGUGGCAGAGUCCUUGGUGGAAAUUUUGUGCCUCAAGGUACUAUUGUGGCUACAUGGCAUUGGGCUCUUUACCACAACAAAAAGUUCUUCAAGAAUCCGUUCGAGUUCCGUCCAGAACGGUUUCUCGGUGCCGAAAGCUUCACAUCUGAUGCUCCCCGCCUAAUCUUCGAAUUCGACAUGGAACUGACUGAUGAGUCUCGCGAUUGGCUUCAUGAGCUACGGCCAUACAAUCUGUGGUACAAGGCACCGUUGUAUGUCCGUAUCAAGUCACACAAGACCGAAGAGUAG